AACGAUUUCCCUUCACAUAACACGAAAACACCUUCUUCAGCUUUUCUGGUUCAUAUUGUAAUAGAAUUUAUCAUCCCUUUGAUCACUGUACCAAGCAAGUGAAAGUAAACCAACAAUGGCUACCACUGGAUGCUUCUUACACCACCCUGCACUUACUAGUACUCCUAAUAGAUUAUCUUCAGUGUCCCAACGCCAAGUUUCCAACACCACCAAGCCCACCCAGUUCAUCUGCCGAGCCUCCACCAAGCAGCCACUGCAGGAGGAGGAUCUUAGCCUUGUCUCUCGAAGAUUGGCUCUCACUGUUCUCAUUGGUGCUGCAGCCGUUGGCUCCAAGGUUUCUCCUGCUGAUGCUGCUUAUGGUGAAGCUGCCAAUGUUUUUGGAAAGCCAAAAACAAACACGGACUUCAUGCCGUACAAUGGAGAUGGAUUCCAAUUGUCAGUUCCAUCAAAAUGGAACCCAAGCAAAGAGAGAGAGUUCCCAGGUCAGGUUCUUAGAUAUGAAGACAAUUUUGACUCCAACAGCAAUCUCUCUGUCAUGAUCACCCCAACUGAUAAGAAAUCCAUCACCGACUUUGGUACCCCAGAGGAAUUUCUUGCUAAGGUGGAUUAUUUGCUUGGAAAACAGGCGUAUUUUGGCAAAACCGCCUCUGAGGGAGGUUUCGACCCGAAUGCUGUGGCAACAGCUAACAUAUUAGACAGUUCAACUCAAGUGGUGGGUGGGAAAGAAUAUUACUUUUUGUCAGUGUUAACAAGGACUGCUGACGGAGAUGAAGGCGGCAAGCACCAACUGAUCACAGCCGCUGUGAAAGAUGGCAAGCUUUACAUUUGCAAGGCACAAGCUGGAGAUAAGAGGUGGUUUAAGGGAGCAAGAAAGUUUGUAGAGAGCGCUGCUAGCUCCUUCAGUGUUGCUUAAGGAUAAUCACAGGGUUAAUUGCAUGUAAAUCAUUUUAAUUAAUUAAUUAAUCAAUGUAUGGUGUUUGUUUUGAGAUAAUGGUCUGGAACUUCCUUUUUGCGAGCUAGGAGUUGGGAUGGAGGCAGCAGAUUGUUGAUAUUAUAAUAUUUUGAAUCCCAUGUUACUUGUAACGAGCUGAAACAUUCCUACUCUCUCACAUUUCUGCUGUUGUUGUUGGAUACUAGAAGAACCUUCACUUUUUGGAUCGUA